UUUAAGACAGGCUAUCUGAAUAAGUAGCUUGUUUCCAUGGUAGCGCGCACAGCGUCGGGUCCUAAAGGGGUCCUACUUCAUAAACAGUCGCAUUCUCUUGCCAGUUUUAGGAAAUUGCUGUUGUCACCACAGAUACUUAACCUAAAACUCCAUAACUCCAGUCGCCUGCUUUAUAAUACAGAAAGGAGUCGCCUUGUUACCUUACUCAAUUUCACCGAGGUAUUAUUCGCCAAAAGGUAACCCCCGACUCGUACUGGACUUGUAGUUGUUGGACUACAAACACAAUGUGACGUCAUCACCUGCAGCCUCAUCAUCGUUUGACAAACAUUCAAAAUUGUUGGCGGUGAAAGUCGCUGACAUUCACUGCAAUGGCUCCUCUCAAAUUUGUCAUUAAGUGUGGGAACUUUGCUGUGCUGGUGGAUCUCCACAUUCUGCCCCUGGGCGGCCAAGAAGACGCCAGCUGGUUUACUACGCACCACAUCGAGGAGGUUACAGCCCUGGUUCGAGAUGCUGUGGACCGGAGGGUUAAGCAGUACACAGAGUUCCUCCACAAUAGAAGACAGCCCAAACAGAAGAAGGAGCUGGCACCUGCUCCAGCCUUUUUUAUAAAAGGACAACACUUCAACCUGGUCGCCAAUUUUCUGAAACGGCACGUCAACCUCAGAUGUAUUGUCAAGCAGCUCUAUGGGGAUAUGCGUGUGUUUCCUGAACGCUAUGUUGUGUGUGUGAGCUGUCCAGAGGAUGCCUCAGCGCACCAUGGAAACCCGAGCCUGGCCGCGACUGAACUGAGCGAACAAAGCCGAUCUGAAUAUUUUUCCAGAGCGGGAGAAACCCUAGAGCCUUUAAACAGCCCCACAAAAACAAAGAAGACUGUGCUUCAAAAGCUAGCCAAACAAGUGAGUGUCCAGCGAGAGAUCCAUGGUUCCAGUGUGGGGGAGCAGCAGGUUGACCAGAGAGCCUGUCCCAAAAAACAAAGGGGGGAAAUUAAAGCUGGAGAGUCAGAAUCAAGCCCAGAAGAGACUGUGUCCUGCCCUGCACAGAAGACCCUCCCAGAGGCAGAACACAUGGUGCCUUGCCCCAGUGCCUUAAAGGAAGCCGUGGCUCAGAUUGAGACAACUAGAAAGCAGAGACUGACCCAGGAGCAGCAGACUGAGAACAGUCCUCCAGACAGCAUCACCCCAAGUGGGGCCUCAGUAGUCUGCUGCCAACAAGAAAUCAGUCAGGAGACGAGAAAGAGCAAGAGGUGCAAGCCAAGCGAUGCAGGGGAAGACCCUCACCCACAGAGGGCCAAGAGGACGUGCUUUGGAAGACCUCCAGCCGCAAUGCAAACUCACGCCACCGAGUGCUCCACACAAACAUCCAAGCAUGACCUUCCUCCUCUGCCGCCCCUUCCUCUUGUCGAAGCCAAGGCAGAGUCCAAGGCUUUCCCAGUCUCCGAGCGCAAGAAAACCACACUGGAAGUAGAGCUGCUUACUCCAGGGAAACGGGCCCAGAGGCUCUCCCUCACAAGCAAUAACACGGCACAGACAAACCAAAACAGGCUGGCCGCAAGUCUGAGGGGCCUAUCUGUCAAGCCUGCAUCCUCGGGCUCCUCUAUUAGUUCCAGAUCCACGCUCGCAGAGGAGGGGAGAGAAAAUGUGCCCAGAACCUCGAGAUUACGGCGAAUGAAGAGGUCCUGAGGGGGGAGUGACAAGCUACAGUAAAGAUGCCUGACGCCACAGCGAUAGAGACGAUAUUGUGUCAGGCUACAUGUUUACCACACAUGACAUGCAUUUGUACACGUGUCACAUUUUUACUACACUAUCUAAUCGUUUUACAUGUGCACGCACGCACACACAGAUCAAAUGCUGAACACAUUAAGGCAUUUGAUGCAUGAGCGUUUGAGUUACGCUUUGUCAAAUACUAGAAACAGACUGUGCCUCCACCCAUAAGUAGUGGUAGUCAAGAGAGGCUCGCAAAUGAAAGUCAAAAACCUUUAAUUGGAGUUUAGAUUUGGUUUUGUGUUAAAGAUUGGGGAUUUCAGACAGGCAGGAGCCAUGCAGUACGUCAUGGCUCAGUCUGAAACACUGGCUCCUACGUGUCUGAAAACUGUCCACUUUCCCCGCUGAAGCUCUGCUGUGAUGGAUUGCUGUUUCCAGAUUUAUUUCAUCACCCCAUUUUCAAAAAUUCACUUAUGUAGUUAGAUUUCAUUCAUACACAAUUUUGCUCAUUGCUUAGUUGCUAAGCACCUGAAAUGUAUCUCGCAAUUUGAGGGUAAUAUGCAGCUUUUAUAUUGAACUUGAACUAAGUGUGUGGGUAUAUUAGUGGUUUUAUUUGAGAGGAGCAGGAUGUCUACUGUAUCACAGGUUAAAUUGUAACUGCUGUCCCAAGGCUCAUUUGGCUGGGACCCAAUGGAGCAUGGGGUAACUAGAGUCAUGUAAAGCCCAGGAUGUUCCACUUGAUGACAUGUUGCCCAAUUAAAUUACUCCUGAUUUUAUGUUUUUUUUAUACUGGAAAGACUUUGAUAUAAAUGUUUUUCCCCCAGGAAAAGAUAAUCUCUGAAUCUUUGUGGAAAUAGGUACAUUUUCUGGAAGCAGCCAGAAUGAACUAACAUGAACAUCUCUGCAGACUGGCUGAUGCUCAGGACACUUUGACAGUGAUGUUACUAAUAAACCAGUGCUUCUCUCUU